ACCAUUGCAGAAUGUAAAUCUUUUGUUUUAUCUUUGCGUUAUUAAUCUGUCUCUCCGGCAUUCGGUUGGCACCCAGUGCCGGUGCCGAGGCCUUGGCGGGGGGGCGGGACGCGGCUGGGCACCCACCGGGGAGGGAGCCCAUGACGACGUCCCGGAGAGAUGCAUAAACUGUCCCAAACAGUUAUUCUCAGAAGGAGGAGGACAAGGAGACCAAGGAGCCUGCCCCCGUCACCCCGAAGGAGGAGGACAAGGAGAGCGAGGAGCCAGCCCCCUUCACCCCAGAGGAGGACAAGGAGGGGCUCAUUGCUUUCCUUGCCCUCCUCCUCAAGGGUGCACCCGUCCCCCCCAUGGAGGACAAGGAGACCAAGGAGCCUGCUCCCAUCACCUUUGAGUAGGAGCUCUUUCAAGAUCUCCUUCCCCUCCUCCUCGAGGGUGCCCCCAUCACCCCCAAGGAGGACAAGAAGACCAAGAAGCCUGCCCCCGUCACCUUUGAGUAGGAGCUCUUUCAAGAUCUCCUUGCCAUCCUCCUCGAGGGUGCCUCCGUCACCCCCAAGGAGACCAAGGAGCCUGCCCCCGUCACCCCGAAGGAGGAGGACAAGGAGAGCAAGGAGCCUGCCCCCGCCCCCCCCAAGGAGGAGAUCGCCCAGCUGAGUCGUGGGAUGACAAAAAUGUCCGAAACACGUGUCGGGGAGCAGCAACUUCAUGUCAGGAAAUCUCAAUAUUUGAAUUUCUACCGAACUUUGAAGCACACUAUCAGAUUAUCAGGAGGAUAAGAGGGACUGUAGCUCUUUCGAGAGCCGGAGCUGAAAGACACCAUUACAAGAAGAAGUAGAAAGAUCAUCUAUGAAAAGGCAACCAGAUCAUCAUGGUCAAGCGCAAAAUUGACAACAGGAUUCGUACCCUCAUAGAAAAUGGCGUGGCACUCGGACACAGAACUCUUGUUGUGUUGGUUGGAGACAAGAGUAGAGAUCAAGUUGUCUACUUGCAUCACAUGCUGUCCAAGAGCAGCAUGAAGCAGGCCUCCGUGUUGUGGUGCUACAAGAAGGAACUAGCCUUCUCCAGCCACCGCAAGAAGAGGAUGAAGCAGCUGAAGGCACGCCAGAAAUCAGGCCAGGCUGAGGUCAAUGAGGACGACCCCUUUGAGAUGUUCAUGUCCAUGACGGAGAUUCGCUACUGUUACUAUAAAGAAACACACAAGAUCCUAGGUAACACAUUUAGGAUGUGUGUCCUGCAGGACUUUGAGGCCCUCACCCCAAACAUUUUGUGUCGAACCAUGGAGACCAUCGAGGGUGGGGGAGUCAUCGCCAUCCUCCUGCAGAGCAUGACAUCACUAAGGCAGCUGUACGCCAUGAACAUGGAUGUACACUCUCGCUACCGCACAGAAGCCCAUCAGCAUGUUGUGCCAAGGUUCAAUGAACGGUUCAUCCUGUCUUUGUCAUCGUGCCCCAUGUGUGUCGUUGUGGAUGACCUGUUGCGCAUCUUACCUAUUUCAUCGCAUUUGAGGGACCUGCAGCCUGUGCCUGCUGUGACAUCCUCAACACCACUGUCACCCAACGACCAGGAAUUGAAGGACCUCAAGGAGUCCCUUAAGGAGAGUCCUCCUGUGGGGCUCCUCAUUGAGCUUUGCAAGACAUUGGACCAGGCUAAGUCUGUAUUACAAUUUGUGGUAGCCAUCACAGAAAAGACACUGCGCACGACAGUCACGCUCACAGCUGGCAGAGGACGAGGGAAAUCUGCUGCCUUAGGGCUAGCCAUGGCUGGUGCCAUUGCCUUCGGGUACUCAAACAUUUUUGUCACUUCUCCGAGCCCUGAGAACUUGAACACCUUGUUUGAGUUUGUGUUAAAAGGUCUCAAUGCCAUGGGUUAUGAGGAGCACCUUAGCUACCAGGUUCUGCGCUCUACCGACCCCCAGUUCAACAAGUCUGUGAUGAGGGUUACAGUCACCAGGGAAAGACGGCAGAUUAUCCAGUACAUUGCUCCAGGAGAGAGCAACUGCCUGGGCCAGGCUGAACUCGUUGUCAUAGAUGAAGCUGCAGCCAUUCCCUUGCCACUUGUCCGCAAGCUCUUGGGGCCAUACUUAGUGUUCCUGUCCUCAACCGUGUCAGGCUACGAAGGCACAGGAAGAUCUCUUUCUCUAAAGCUGAUUGACCAGUUGAGGUCACAGGCCAAAGCAAGCAGUGCAAAUGCAGAGAAUGGGGACAGUAACACCAAAUCAACGGAAUUAGGAAGAGUUCUGCAUGAGGUGACACUGGAGGAGAGCAUCAGGUACAAGAGUGGCGACCCAGUGGAGAAGUGGCUCCACGAUCUUCUCUGCUUAGAGGCUUCCCUACCGCAGGCCCCCACCACCAUGCCCCCGCCCAGCCAGUGCCAGCUCUUCUAUGUCAACAGAGAUACUCUCUUUGGAUAUCAUAAGGUUUCAGAAAAGUUCCUGGCACAAGUGAUGGGUCUUCUGGUAUCCUCACACUACCGCAACACACCUGAUGACCUCCAGACACUCUCUGAUGCCCCCGCCCAUCAUCUAUAUGUCCUGCUGCCCCCACAAGACAUGGCCAAGGGAGACACUCUACCACCUGUCCUGACAGUUGUACAGGUGGCGCUGGAGGGCAAGGUGUCCAAGGCCUCGGUGAUGUCAGCCCUUGCUCAAGGGGUUAAGCCCUCGGGUGACCUUGUCCCCUGGACUGUCAGCAACCAGUUCCAGAACUAUGAUUUCCCGCAGCUGUCUGGGGCACGUGUCAUUCGUAUUGCCACGCAUCCCAGCUUCCAAGGGAAAGGGUAUGGGAGUCAGGCACUGAAGCUGCUGGAGGAGUACUUCAGCCAGGCCUCCAUGCACGCUGACUAUGUGGACACACUCACACCUGAAGCCUCUCUGAAGUUAGUGCAGGAUGAUCAGGUUGGUUUGCUGGAAGAGAAGCUGGGACCCAACCACCAGUCUCCUCCUCUGCUGGAGGCCCUCUCUGAACGCCCACCGGAAGCGUUGCACUACCUUAGCGUGUCGUAUGGGGCGACUCAGCAGCUUCUCACUUUCUGGAAGAGAUCUGGAUUUACUCCAGUUUACCUUAGUCAGGUGUCGAACAAUGUCACGGGGGAACAUACCAUCAUCAUGCUGAAGGUUCUUGGGGAGAGCAAGGAAGCACGAGGGGAGUCAUGGCUGGCUGACCUGUGGUUCGACUUCAGGAAGAGGCUUGUUGCUCUGUUGGGCUGUGCGUUCAAGAGCUAUGACUGCAAAUUCGCCCUCAGUAUCAUGAGCAGUAGCAUUUACAAGAGGAAAGGGGGAGUGCCAAGUUUAUCGGAACUGGACCUGUACAUGACCAACGGAGAUCUUCAGCGGUUAGAGGAAUUCCUCCACCACCAGUGCGAGGCUCCAUUGAUUGCAGACAUCCUGCCCUCCGUUGCAAGGCUCUACUUCCUCUCCAAGAUCCCAGACUUUAAGCUAAAGCCAGUGAAAGCAGCCAUCUUGUGCGGAAUCGGCAUCCAGAGGAAAACCCCGAAGGUAGUUGCAACUGAGCUUGGCGUUGAACCGGGGCUUGUCUUCGGCCAAAUGCGUGAGCUAAUAAAUGACAUCACAAAGUAUAUGAAAAAGACGAGAGAAAUUGCCCGUCAGGAAGAGAUCAACGGAAAGGAGAAGGAGAACCACCAGUCUCUUGCGGCUGACAUUGCCUCUACAGUUGAGGAGACAGCGAAGAAAAUGAAAGCACAAGAAGAAGACAACCGAGAGAAGGUCACCCAGCUGAUUGAUGUCUCCAAGUUCGGCAUAAAGGCUAAGGAAGAGGCAGUGAAGGUGGAGAGUGACAGUAAGAAGAGAAAGAAAUUACUUGGAGAAAACAUGAAAAAGAAGAAGAAGAAAGGUGAAUGAUUUGGGAAUUAUAAAUCUGUAAAUUGUUUUAUAAUAAAUAUAUAAAACAGA